AAAUGUAGAUAGAUAAGUAUUCACAUUUAGUAAUUGUUAGUUAUCGGGAACAGAAUAAACACAAGAUACACAAGAGCGUUUGCUAAGGUUUAUAAUUUCGUUUAUAAUUUUGAACUUAAAUUAAAUCGUUGGUGAAACACAUCCAAACCAGCUUAGGAGAUUAGGAUAUUAGGCAAAUAUGAUUUGGGACUGGUUUACCUUUGUACGAGUUCUGAGUGAGUUUUGCGCCACGACUUUAUUGAUGCUUCUGGGUUGCAUGGGCGAUGCGGUCAACAAGGCGAAUGGCGGAUCCUUUUGGAACAGCAUACAUUAUGGAUUGGCUGUGAUGAUCAUUAUGCACGUUUUUGGCUUCGUUUCGGGUGCCCAUGCCAAUCCUUGCAUCACGCUUUCGUGCUAUUUCAUGGGCUACAUUGCCACAGAUACGAUGUUCUUGUAUCUGGCAUGCCAGAUGGUUGGGGGGUUCUUCGGCUAUUCUAUGCUGCUUCUAAUGCUGCCAAAGGAGAUCUUGGAUAAUAAUAAGCCAGCAGUUUGCUUAAUCGAACCGAUGAGCAGCCUCUCUUCCAUUCAAAUCGUGGCAAUUGAGGGUGUCCUUACCGCAAUUCUACUCCUGGGCUGGUGCGCCUUGUGGGAUGUUAGAAAUGGUCGAUUCCUGGAUUCAGUCAGUAUACGUAUGGGUUUCCUUGUUACCGCCUGCGGUUUCGCCGGAGCCCAGUUAACCGGAGCAAUACUAAAUCCAACCAAAACUCUAAUACCAGCUAUUUUUGAAGGACAUCCCGAUAAAAUUUUAAUGCAAGUAACUGGCCAGGUGUUGGCCGCCAUUUCGGUUCCCUUUCUUUGGCAUUACGGGUUUACGCCCCGUUACAAGCCCCUAGACGAACCCAACCCCCGUUGCCGCAUCAAUUAUUAGAUCAUAUAAUUCCCCAGAAAGUGUGGCAAUAAACGUGAGAUUCUCAUUCGUG